AUGCUCGCAAGACACGCUCCUGCCCAGAAGGCGCUCAGCGCGGCCACACACCGAGCUCUGCCCGCGGCUUCAGCAGCCACUCGCCUUUCAACCGCGGCCCCCAGCAACCGUACACAGAAGAGGACACUCGCAACAGUCCAGGACACACCACCCAAGAGGACAUACGGCGGCUUGAAGGACCAGGACAGGAUCUUUCAGAACCUGUACGGACACCAUGGCGCAGAUUUGAAGAGCGCUAUGAAGUAUGGCGACUGGUACAAGACCAAGGAGAUCCUCCUCAAGGGUCACGACUGGAUCAUCUCUGAGAUCAAGGCUUCUGGCCUGCGUGGCCGAGGUGGUGCUGGUUUCCCCUCUGGUCUGAAAUGGUCUUUCAUGAACUUCAAAGACUGGGACAAGGAUGAUAAGCCUCGCUACCUGGUCGUCAAUGCCGAUGAGGGCGAGCCCGGAACCUGCAAGGAUCGCGAAAUUAUGCGCAAGGAUCCCCACAAGCUCAUUGAGGGCUGCCUCGUCGCUGGACGUGCCAUGAACGCUACCGCCGCUUACAUCUACAUUCGAGGUGAAUUCUAUCACGAGGCCACCGUGCUUCAACGCGCCAUCCAGGAGGCAUACCAGGCCGGUCUCAUCGGUAAGAAUGCUUGCGGUUCCGGCUACGACUUCGAUGUGUACAUCCAUCGAGGAAUGGGUGCCUAUGUCUGCGGUGAGGAGACUUCCCUCAUCGAGUCGCUAGAGGGAAAGCCAGGAAAGCCUCGUCUCAAGCCCCCGUUCCCCGCCGCCGUUGGUCUUUUUGGAUGUCCCUCUACUGUUGCCAACGUCGAGACCAUUGCUGUUGCGCCCACCAUUUGCCGCAGAGGAGGUAGCUGGUUUGCCGGCUUCGGUCGUGAGCGCAACCAGGGCACCAAGCUCUUUGCCAUCUCUGGUCACGUGAAUCAUCCUUGCACUGUUGAAGAGGAGAUGUCCAUUCCCCUUCGCGAGCUCAUUGAGAAGCACUGCGGAGGUGUCCGUGGCGGCUGGGACAACCUCAAGGCCGUCAUUCCUGGUGGUUCUUCUACUCCCAUCCUGCCCAAGCACAUCUGCGACGACCAACUUAUGGACUUUGAUGCCCUCAAGGACUCGCAGUCUGGAUUCGGAACCGCUGCCGUUAUCGUCAUGGACAAGUCGACAGACGUUGUCCGUGCUAUUACCCGUCUUGCAAAGUUCUACCACCACGAGUCCUGCGGCCAGUGUACACCUUGCCGAGAAGGCUCAAAGUGGACGCACCAGAUCAUGGACCGCUUCUACAAGGGCCAGGCUCGCGAGCGUGAAAUUGACAUGCUCCAAGAGUUGACCAAGCAGGUUGAGGGACACACCAUCUGCGCGUUGGGUGAGGCUUUUGCAUGGCCCCUGCAGGGUCUCAUCAGGCAUUUCCGACCUGAGCUUGAGGCUAGGAUAAAGGACUAUGGACUGAAGCACGGCGGUGAGGCAUUGGCGGGAGGCUGGGCACACGAUGCCGCCAAGAAGGGCCAGCUUAUCGCGCCCGGACAGUAG